AUGGCGUCCGCUCAGCUGGAAAAGACAGACGAAGUCGUCUCGGCCGGCCCCAUCAUCACCGAGGAGCCUCGCAGCCGAAAACAAGACGCCGACAUCCUCGGCGUUGACGAAAAGGCCGGCGCGAACCUCGACGUCGAAUCCAAGGAGGACCUCACUGCCGGCAAGACGCUGUACACCCUGACCAACGAGAACGGCGAGGAAGAGGUCGUCGACGAGGAUGACCCCCGGAUCAAGGACAUCCCGCCGUACGUCAGGCGCAUCGUCAGCUUCAAGGACGACCCCACGGAGCCGACGCUGACGUUUCGGUACUUCCUCCUGACCAUCCUCUUCGUCGCUCCCGGCGCCUUCUUGUCGCAGAUGGCCCACUACCGGACGACGUAUGCGCCGUACUCGGUCUUCUUCGUCCAGAUCGCGUCCAACUACGUCGGCGUGUGGCUGGCCAAGGUGCUUCCGGCCUGGUGGGUGGGCAUCCCCGGGACCAGAUGGGGCUUCAGCCUCAACCCGGGCCCCUUCAGCACCAAGGAGCACGUCCUGGUGACCAUCUCGGCCGCGUCGGGCGCGACGUACAACCUGGGCUACACCCCAAUCUCCAUGUCCGAGCUCUACUUCAACCAGCCCGUCAACGGCGCGGUGGCCACCUUCUUCAUGCUGGCCAUCACCUGGACGGGCUACUCGUACGCGGCGCUGGCCCGCCAGUUCCUCAUCUACGACCCGCAGUACCCCUGGUUCCAGUCGCUGUGCCAGACGGCGCUCUUCGAGACGCAGAAGAAGCAGCGCGAGAGCCCGAGCCGCGCCUCGCGCAAGCAGAUGGUCGUCUUCUUCGCCGUCAUGGGCGCCGUCAUCCUGUGGCAGUUCCUGCCCGAGUUCGUCUUCCCCUUUCUCGGCUCCCUGGCGUUCCUGUGCUGGGUCGCGCCGCACAACAAGACGGCCAACUUUGUUGGCGCGGGCUUCGGCGGCAUGGGCUUCCUCAACCUGUCGCUGGACUGGUCGAGCAUCUCGACUAACGGCAGCCUGUUCUUGACGCCCUGGUGGACGCAGGUCGUCCUGUUUGCCGCCUUUGUCGUCAACUGCUGGAUCCUCAUUCCGGCGGCCAAGUUUGGCGGCCUCGGAAGCUGGCAUCACGCUCUCAUGUCCAACCGUGUCUUUUUGGAAAACGGAACAGCGUACCCCUUGACCGACCUCCUGACUGCAGAUGCCAAGCUCAACGAGACGGCGAAGCUCAAGGAGCGGUCGACCAAGAAGGACUCGGGCAAGAUCACGGAGCAGUACAAGGACCAAAUCAACAUCCUGCAGCGGCCGUACGACGAGAUCCCCUUCUGGUGGUUCGCUGCCUUGUUCUUGGUGUCGUUUGUCAUGCUCAUUGUCAUGGUCGCCAAGAACUUGCUCUUCAUCCCCGUGUGGACGUACUUUGUGGCCAUUGCGACGGGUGCUCUUGUUGUCGUGCCGCUGGGCUGGCUGUAUGCCCUGUCCAACUUUCAGCUGCCCAUCGGAACCACAAACGAGCUCCUGUACGGCGUCAUGGUCAACGCCGUGUCCGGCUUCAAGAACCCCUGCGGCGCCUCGACGUACGGCGCCAUCGCCGGAGACGCCUGGUACCGCGCGCAGCUCAACCUCCAGGACAUGAAGAUUGGCCACUACAUGCACGUGCCGCCCAAGGCCGUCUUCUUCUCGCAGGUCUUUGGCUCGGCCAUUGGCAUCCCCAUCGACUACGCCGUCAUCCGCUGGGUCAUCGACACCAAGCGCGACUACCUGUCCGGGGCCAAGGAGGAUCCCACGCACCAGUGGACGGGCCAGGCGCUCGCCUCGUCGCUGACGUCGGGCGUCCAGUACGUGCUCGUCGGCCCCAGCCGCCUCUUCAAGCAGGACAUUUACAAGCCCGUGCCCUACGGCUUCCUCGUGGGCGCCGUGUGCCCCGUCGUCAUCUUUUUGCUGCACAAGGCGUUCCCGCGGGCCAAGUUCCACCUGUGGAACACCACCAUCUUCUUCUCCGCCAUGUCCAUCUUCUACGGCAACAUCAGCACGGGCUACACGUCGAGCUUCAUCGGGGGCUUCGUCGUCAUGUUCCUGGCGUACCGCUACCGCUAUGACCUGUGGGCACGGUGGAACUAUAUCCUGGCGGCGGCCUUUGAUGCCGGCUUCAACUUUAACAUGCUGCUCAUCUUCCUGUGCUUUGGCGCGGGCAAGAUUAUCGAGAUGCCCAACUGGUGGGGGAACAAUGCGGAGAGUAGCGAGCGGUGCUUUGCGUUGGAUGACUGA